CUCUACCUCCCCCAGACCCUCGUGGGAAUAUACUUCUGAAUUCCUGACGUGGCACAGACAUUUUCCAAAGAUAACGUACAAUGGACAAGUUAAAAGAAAAAUUUACAAGCAAUCAAUGGGAUGAUAAUUACGUGCAACUGACCAGCUCUCUCUCACUGCUAGAAAAUAUUGUAGACAAUAGCAAUCAGCAUGAACAAUCGUCCAACUCCGUCCCAGCAAAAGAGUCAAAAGUACUGUGCUCAAAUUGCAAAUGCGCCGUUUCUGAAAAUGAUACUGAUAAAACAAUAGUUGUACAUGACGUCACAGCCCAAUCUUCCAAACAACCAAGUCCAGAUUCCGGAGUGAGCACCAGUAGUGAUAAACCAGUUAGUCCAGAUUCUACGUCUGGAAAAAGUUCAGAACUAACUUCCGGAUUGGUGAUUAUAGGUAGUUCUCUACACAAACCUUCAUUGAAGUCCUCUAGGUCAGAUUCAUCUUCUGAUGAUGAAGGGGCUAACUCGAACCCGCCUGGAAAAGUAAGAAGUAUUCGAAAAUAUUUCAAAAACAGUCGACAACAUCCACCAAACCCAGACGCACUUCCGCCAUGUAGAGUGUGUGGAGAGAAGGCGUCUGGUUUACACUACGGAGUGAAUACCUGUGAACCAUGCAAGGGUUUUUUCCGACGUAGUAUAGUCAAAGUUGUCCAAAAUAAAGAGGAAUAUAGAUGUAUGCGUGAAACCGGAAAUUGUAAACUGGGAACAGGAAAACGUACCAUGUGUUCUUACUGUAGAUACAAGAAAUGUUUGGAUGUUGGAAUGUCUCAUGAUGCUAUAAAAAUUGGUCGGUACUCGUACAACAAGCGAACCAGUGAUUAUAUAGAAGUAAAGAAAUUGAAGGAACAAGAUAGACUUGCAAAACAAGAGACCCCAAAAGUAAAAAGAAAUUCAAAACCAAUACCACAACCAGAAAAAGUCAAGAAGUCUGACAUUCCAAUUUUCAAUACUGUUGCUGAUAUUCUUGUAGAGGAGCUAAUCAAGGUUCAAGAGGAGAUAAUCCCCGAUUUCCGACAAGGUUUUUUACCCGGUGGUCUAAAAGAAAAACAUCAGAUAAUAUACGAAAGGCACAAGCAAAAACAGGAAGUAUUUGGUAACAUGGGUGUUCUACCUGCUAGUGUUUAUGAGGAAUUCCAUAAAGCAACCGGAAUCGAACUUGAUGACCGUAAGGACAAAAUGAGCAUGAUUGCUAUAGAAAUGGACAGGUCUAUUCGUGGCAUGAUUAAUUUUGCAAGAAGGCUUCCAGAAUUUUGUAAUCUGUCUAAACAUGACCAAGCUACUCUUUUGAAAGCUGGCUACGUUGAAUACGGGUUUCUCGGAAUGUUCAACCGAAUCAACAUAGAACUUGGUGUAAUUGCUAUAGAAUCGCCAACGUAUGCCAUAGAAUACGGUUUACACUUCAGUGAGUUUGAUAGCAUUAUGGGACAGAAUGAAUGUGCUAAGCUUUCAGAAUUCGCAGCUAUACUUCAAAAGUGUCAAUACACCGUCGAGGAAGUAACGCUUUCUCGUGCAAUUGUUCUCACUUUUACAGAUCGAGUCAAAUUAGAUGAACCAGAAAGAGUGGAACAAAUGCAAUGGAAAUUGGUGGACAUGUUAAGAUAUUUUUGUAAGAAAAACAAUAAAAAUCCGGACGAAAAACUAUGGCAGAUAUUUGACAAAUUUUCCACACUUAGAAGCUAUGCGGAGUAUAAGAAAGAUUUAUUAAAUAUGAAAGCACAGUGGCCGGCAGUUCAAUCACAUCCUCUUAUCUUAGAAAUUUUAAAACCAGACUAAAGUCGUGUUUAACUUAACCGUCUGAUCUCAUAUGUAAUCGUUGUAAUUUAAAUAAAAU